GGCUCUGCUGCCUACACUCUUGCAAGCGACAAUCCGGGACGAAAAAGAAAAUCGCUUCUUCUCUAUUAGUCACCACAAACAGAAGCGACUCGAAAAUCCUCAACUCUAGUCCUAAGUCACUUCAUGUCUACCUCUACUCCAGUUUUCUCCUUCGGUCAGGUCCAGGAACCCUCCCCCUUCAGCAACACCAACACCAACAACCACAAUAGCAACAGCAACACAACAACAACGCCAUCCUUCCCCUCUUUCACCACCUCCUUCUCCUCGCCAUACCAACCUCAAUACCGACCAAAAAUCAGCUCUCCCCUCUCUUCCUCGCCCAUCCGACCAUUCGAUUCCAUGUCUCGAUCUUCACCACCAGGUUCACCAACCUCGAAACCACGAGGAAUCUUUGGAGGACAGUCACAGUCACAAUCAUCACCGAUCUUCGGGUCGUUUUUACAGAGUCAAGGGCAAGGACAGGGACAAGGGCAAGGAGAAGCUUCAGGUCAAAAUGGACAAGCCGCGGCAGAUGGACAACAGGAACAAGGACAGAACAACAAAUUUCUAAAAUACAACUCCCGCCCCGCCCGACCUAUGAACCACCCCUCUUUCUCCUCCAACCGCAAAGAAGACCGACGGCGGUUGUUUCUGCAAAAUGUACGGCAACGAGCGGACGAUAAGGCGUGGGAGAGGAGGGGUGGGGAGAAUGAGCUCCUAAAACUAGAAUGGCUCCGCUUCAACCGCGAACUCCGCCUAGCAAAAGAAGCCUCCGCCCCUCCCAAUCCCUUCAACUUCAACCCUCAAUACCACACCGACUCCUUAUUAGAACAAGAAAUCGAAGAGCUCGCCCAGCUCCGAGCAAAGUUCAAUCACCAGCAGCAGUUUCUCGAAGGGCUGUUGGAAGAUCAACCGCCGCCAGGGACAGAACAGGGAGAACAAGAAAAAUAUCAAGAUAUGGAUGAUGCGUACAUGGCGGAUAUGAUUGCAAGAGAGGAGGAGGCGGAGUUGGAGGCGCUGUUGGCGCUGAAUCAGCAGGCGCAGGAGGAUUUGAGGGUAAGGGGAGGGCAGCAGGGGCAAGGGCAGCAACAACAGGGAGAUGAGUUUAUGGAGAAGGAGGAAGAGGAGGAUGAGUAUGAUGCGCUGUUUAUGGAGGUUUUGGCGCAGCAGCAGCAACAACAACAAGGGCAGCAGCAGCAACAGCCGAAUGGUGGUGGUGAUCCGGGGAUACAGCAUCAUCACCACAGUCAGGACGACGUGGAGAUGGGAGGGUGAAUAUCAUCGGGACGGUUGAUGAUAUUUCUUGCGCUUCGUUCAUAUCGUGGGACACAUAUUGGCUUCAUAGCUUGCAUUUGCAUAGGACAAGGAGUUCCGGCUACACUCAUAAAGGGUUGAUUGGGUUUCGAGACACAAAAGGAACACGGCCAAUAAUGAUUUUCGGAUUAGAAGGGUAUAUGUAACAGGAAUACGGGUUGGUCCACUCUAGGGUGUGAAGGAUCA